GGCUGUACGGACGCUCUCAUGGCUAAGGUUGAGGACGUAGAGGUGUUCUGCAGUGUCUGGAAAAGAUGGCGGCAGCUGCAGCCCGUGGGGUCGCGUUCAAGGUGGGCAAGAACCUGAGGGAGGUCCGCAUCCACUUGUGCCAACGCUCGGCCAGCAGCCAAGGAGUGAGGGACUUCAUUGAGAAGCACUACGUGGAGCUGAAGAAGGCGAACCCCGACUUCCCCAUCCUGAUCCGUGAGUGCUCUCAGGUGCAGCCCAAGCUAUGGGUCCGCUAUGCUUUUGGUCAGGAGAAGAAUGUCUCAUUGAACAACCUCAGUAGCGAGCAAGUGGCCACAGCUUUAGUGAAUGUGAUGAAUAAUAAAGCCUGAAGACUCAAGAAAACAUUAAGAGCUGCCUCAGAGCUUGGGCUCUAUUGGACUGAGAAUGAAAUAUCCACAUAUUUUUAAAUUAUCUUUCCGUGUAAACCUGGUAUUGUAAUUGAACUAUAAUUUUUCUGAAUGUUCCCUCUAUUCCCCACCCCCAAACAUAUGCAUUUUACCACCAACAUUGUGACUGAAGAAAUUUAAUGUAAUACAACUUUUCAGUUCUAA